AAAAGGUGGUGUGGAGCAAUUAGAUGCAAGUGUGUCUCUCUGUCUACCGGUGCUCAGAGCAGGACUGAAAGCUGAUAUAGUCGGUGCAACUUCAUGCUUUUUUUUUUUUUUUUUUUUUGGAGCGAAUCAUCACUUGAAGAUUUUGGACGAAAAUGCGUUUUUACUUUCAGCUCUUAAUAUGUUAUAUAUAUAAAAAUCAAAUCAAAACCGGCUCCCACUAUGUCAUGCUGCCAACAUUAGAGUCGUUUUAGGCUUUGUUCUUUUUACUCCGUUUCUUUUAAUUGUCAAUUUUUUUAAAAAGAACUCCACCUCCGGCACCUCUAGCUCGACUCUGGGACCUUACAGUCUUCAUUAGUAAGCACAAUCUACUUCAUCAAGUUACACGCGGCAACGGAGCUACGUGACUGGACUCAUUACUAAACCGGGACCAGAUGACUUGGAAAAUUCCCAGUCAGCAUCUUUUUCUUUUCUGACUGGUUUGGGACUUUUGUUGGAUUGUUUUAUCGUGUGCUAUCGGGACCCACCAUCCCUGCUCCACUCGCAGACAUUCGCGAAAUGAAACUCGGCUUUGUCAUCGAGGCUGCGGUGGCGCUUUAUCUGCUGCUCUCACCUGCACAGAGUCUACCCUUGUCGAGCAUAAACAGCACAACUGAAGUGUUGAUGUUCCAAGAAGUGUGGGGUCGGAGUUUCUGCCGGACCAUUGAGAGACUGGUGGAAGUGGUGCAGGAAUACCCCACAGAGGUGGAGCACAUCUACAGCCCCUCCUGCGUGCCGCUGGUGAGGUGCGCAGGCUGCUGCGGUGAUGAGAAGCUGGAAUGCCAUCCCACCCACACCACAAACGUCACAAUGCAGCUGUUGAAAAUCAGGCCAGCAGAGCCGGGUCAAGAAUAUGUUGAGAUGACAUUUGUGGAGCAUCAGACAUGUGAAUGUAGAAUCAGGAAACCGGUUGAAAGGAAAAGGCGAAGAGGAAGGAAGAGACAAAAAUCGAAGUGUGACAGGUGCCAGAUCCCUCGCAGGUAACUGCGAUGGCGACCCGACCUCCUGUUGCAAUGUGGCUCACUAUUUAUUUCCAGCCCAGUGACAGCAUCAAGAGUCUCCUUCGCUCAUCUAUCAACACUGUGUCUGCAGCUAGAGACUCGAACAGCUGGGUUGUUUUUGCCGACAUGCCCUCCUGCUGAUGGGCAGAGCGUCUGUAAUGACAAGGUUCAACAGAAAGUGUGUUUUGAUUGGUGGGAAGACUGCUGUCACACACUUGACACAAUGGACAUCCUUGGGAGCCAGUGCAAUGUAGAACCAAACAGACUGAUGCCUUCCCUUUUAUACUAGUUAUUACUAUAUCAGGUAUUGUAAGUGGUCCAUUUCUUUGGUAUUUAAAGGUGGUUACUCGUGUUUAAUAUCUAUAUUUAUUGAUUGAUACAGCUGAAUAUAUUUGGACUUUAGAAAGUUUGUCACUCUUUGUUCAAACAUUUCCUUGACUUGUAGUGACAGCAUAUGAGUGUGCAGCUGUUCUCUACAUGCAAUAAUGAAAUGUCUCCCUCUAGUGUUUAUGGAAACAGUGCUCACUACUGUUUCAUACAAGAGUAUUUUUUUUUCUAUAUUGAAUACACAAAUAAGAUAAGACAUGGGACAAUGUUGUCAAUCAUCAGCUUAUUAAAAUAUUCUAUCGUAUAUAACUUGUGAAAGCAACAAUCCCAUGAAUGUGUGUUCUGUAUGAAUCCUCUCCCUCAGCAACGUGUGACCGGACAUACUGUAAGUGUGAAGUGUUCUACUGUCAGUUCAGACCUAAAUAAGUACAAUAUUUAUCAGUAAAGAGUAUCAACUGAAGACAUGUCCACAGACAAUUUUCUAUAAAUAAAU